CUCUACUUGCCAACUGCUGCAGCUUCUACUCAGAACGCCGCCGUGCCCAGCCUAGCCUCUGCAUUGCAGCAGCAGCAGCAGCAGCAAACCCAUCAACAGGCUCAUGCACAGCUAUCGAACGCUGUUAAUGCUGUAGCAGGACCUGGCGGGGCCAACAACCCACUUGCUGGGCCCAACGCUUCAACAAGUGCCGCGGCCGUGAUGGCUGCCGCUGCCGCUGCGAUGGCGGCCUGUGCACACUGGCCACCAAACAAUGGCCUGGCCACAGCCACCGCCCAACAGCAGCAACUCGCGGCUGGUCUCUCAAGCGGCCUUAUACCAACUGCGGCAGUAGCUCAACAAGUUCUGCAGCAUCAAUCUGCUCUAGCUGCGCUCUCAGCACCGCAGCAGCAACAGCAGCAGACGCAACAUCAGCAGCAACAACAGGCUAUUGCCGCUACCAUGUUGGCACAGCAGCAGGCGGCCUGGAGGUGGUCACCUUGUCCACAGGCCCAGGCGAGCCAACAACAGCAGCAAAACCAACCAAUCCCGACACAGGCGUCAGCGGUUACCAGCCCGUCGGCACAGACCCAUGCACCCUCUCUGCUGCCGCCAAGUUGCGCCAACGUUGUUUCAGGUGGUCCAGCCUCGGUGACUGUAACUGGUGCCCAGGCUGGGCUGACCACUAUGGGUCCCGGUAACGGUUCCCAACAGGUGAGUAGUUGGCAGCUCCCCUUUCCCCUGCAAGCCCUCCAGUUUCUUCAUUCGUCAGCAUUGCCUACCCUGACGACUGCUGCUCAUCAAGCUGCGGCCCUCCUGCCUGCAGUAACACUGGGAUCGAACGCUGGGUUCUCUUCUGCAUUUGACUUCCUGGCUACCAAUCACCUGAAGCUGGAACCUUUCUCCGCCAUGUCUGCUGUCGCCCCUACUGUAACCAUUCCCCUUCCCAUCCCCAAUAGGGACUUAUUACUUGGCGCUCUUUCUUUGAAUCUAAGGAAGCAACCUAAUCCAACAAGCCUCAAAUUGGAGAAUAAUGAGCACAGUCAGCCUGCCAAAAAAGCGCGAACGGACGAUUUUGAGCCAUCAAAUACCAGCGAAACUUGA